GUGGUCAAAAUGAAGAACAACACACCCCGUUUUUUACACGUUUCAAAUGAACAGCCAAUGAAACACCGGGAUGUUGGUACGUGGGGCGGCGUUCAAGACGAGCCAGUUGCUAGUGGCAGCUUCAGCUACACACCGAAACCGAGGUGAUGGAGGAAUUUGAAGAUGGAGAAGCUCCGGCGGCUGAGGAACUUACUCCCUGUAACAUCUGUGGAAGAAGCUUCUUUCCCAAAGUCUUGAAGAAACACAUUCCUAUAUGUCAGAAGUCCGCAACAAAGAAGAGGAAGACUUUUGACUCCAGUAGACAGAGGGCAGAGGGCACAGACAUCUCCACCCUCAAACCCAUCAAAAACCUCAAAGCAAAGCAGGUUCCGCCCCCAAAGAAGCCAUCCAACUGGCGCAAGAAACAUGAGGACUUCAUCGCCACCAUACGGGCGGCCAAGGGCAUCACACAGGUCAUGAAGGAGGGGGGCCCCCUGCCACCACCCCCCCCGCCCACCUACGACCCAGACUACAUACAGUGUCCUCACUGCCAGCGGAGGUUCGGGCAGAAUGCAGCCGAUCGUCACAUCCAGUUCUGCCGCGAAAAGGCGGCACGCAUGCCCAAGGCCAAAGCGGCGGCGGCGGCGGCGGCGGCAGCGGAGGUGAAGAAAACCCCCCCACGCACGCAGUCUAAGCUCUCCGCUCCAGUGAAGAAGGCGGGCCUGAUGGCGUCGCCGUCUCCUGCGGUUCAACCUGUGUCCUCUCGUCUACCACAGCGCUCUGGCUCUGGACAGAUCUCUGGAAUCCCAUCUAGUAAGCCCUCCUCCAGUAUAGCGAGGAGCAGCCCGUCCGCCCUCACGAGUCCUCCAUCAGGGGUGGGGAUGAAGAGCCGGCCAGUGGGCUACGGCCAGGCCAAGAGCGCGGCGCCCAGCGGGCUGUACAGGAGGAAGGCGGACAGCUCCUACUCAAGGCAAGAAGUUGUCGGGGACAACGACUUGGACGGUGGCGCCAAGGGUAGCUUCUGUAACGACUGCGGCACCAAAUACCCCGUGGAGACGGCCAAGUUCUGCUGCGAAUGUGGCGUCAGGCGGAUGUGCAUGUGAAGAUGUGUGUGUGACACCUUUGCUGUACUGCUAACGAGGAGCAGCUUAGCAGAGUGUGCGUACUUCGGUUGGUGCCGCUGCCAAGGACUUUGUAUCAGAACGCUAGAUGCCCCCCCCCCCUCCCUUCUCUCUUAUGUGGGUGUGUGAUUUGGCCGGUGGAUUCCACCCAGAGUAUGCAGCAAAGCCAAGGGACCACUGCAAUUCCACAGGGACCCCGUCCUCCUCACUAGAAGAAUAGGUUCCUGUUGAAGUGAUCUGCGAUCGACCACUGACCACUUUUAACUGUGAAGAAAUGACAGCGUUAUCUGUAGGACUGUGUUUCGAACCUUUCCUUGUGCAUAUUUGUCAGUGCUACGUGAAAAUAUUUUUUGCUUUGAGAGUUUUCAUGUUAAGCUUCUACAGUUUUUUUGAAUUGUAACAUAUCUCAAAUAGCUAUCUUCCCAUUAUGUUCUGCAAAUUUCAAGCAAUUUAGGUAGGUUAUUUAUUUUCUUAUUUUCUAGGUUAUUCUUUUAAUAUUGUUUUCCAUUUGGUUAUGUGGUAAGGUUUAGUUUGUGGAUUUGUAUGGAAACCAUUUUGCCCAAUGCCAAACAUCACAGUAAUAUACAGAGUGUUUCACCUGAAUCAGUAUUGAAGGGAACAAGUGUGUUUAUAAUUAAAUUAUCCAAUGGCCCAAGUCUUUUGUUGUUCCUGAUUUGCAUUUGCAAACCUAACAUAAAUGGUGCUCACGGCUCCACUGAGGUGACACAUGCUAGUGCUAAGUCCCUUUAAGGACUUCAACCCCAUCAUCCAGACAGGGCUACUGCUAUGUGCUAAUGCAACGUCUUUAAGGACUUCAACCCCAUCAUCGCGACAGCUAGUGCUACGUCUUUAAGGAUUUCAACUUCCAGUUCGUGCUAGUAGUGCUAUAUGCUACUGCUAUGUCUUUAAGGACUUCAACUGUUCGAUUUUAAGCUUCAUUAUUUAUCAUAAACGGAACGGUGUGGUUGCUAUAGGAAACUUUGCUCAUGACAUAACUAUCAAUCAUUUAGUUUUUUGUGUUCAUGUGGACAAGGGUGGAAAACAUUCAGAUGGAUGGAAAAUUACUGGUCGCAGAUGGAAUGCAAGUGUGUGAACCUGAUUUGCAUUGAAAAUACAACAUUUUGUAGUUCUUUAUCAAAUUUAUAUAUUUUUUCCAGAUUGCAAACAAUAGAUGCGUUUCCUUUUGGGUUUCUAGUGAACAUUAAGUAGUACUUGUGAACAAUUAAGAGGGCCUGAAGGAAAAGAAACGCAAUGCUGUUUAUGGUUUUGUCUCCCUUUUUAAGCGGAUAAUUUGCCGUUGUGUCAUUAGACGCCUCUGUCAUCUGUUUUUGAAUACCGGGGUCAUCCCUCCGGCCGUAUCCUUCUGCACAUAACCAAACACUCCCAAAAGAAUGUUCACUAUGUUUCAUGAAUAAUAGAGUACGUUCUUGCAAUUAUUACUGUGUACGUUCGUCAAUAAAACACCCUGAAACAAUGUAUAUCACGUAUACAGGUUUUGUGUGUUAAUACUGCAUUUGAGCUUUGCAAUGCAAAUGCAAAUAAAUGUAGGAAAAUACACAUGGGAAUCAAGGUUAUAGGGUUGCUUGGUUUUUGUAUGUACAGCUGAUGGCGUACUUGUUGCUUUGUACAGCCGGAUGAUUGAGAUUUAUGGAGAGUUGGAUGUGUUCCCAUCAUCAGCCAACAGCAUGUUUUCUACAACUUAAUGAGGACAGACGAAAGAUGCCUUAAAGGAACAAUGACUUUUAACCUUGUUGGCUCAUUCGCAGUCCUGCUUUUCAACCUAUUUCAAAGUGCACCGAUUAUUUCUAUUCUAAACAUACUCCCCAGAAACCAGAAUGUAAUGACUUUUUUUAAUUGAGAAUGCACAUUAGACAAAAGCUUAUGUAUAUUUAUUGGAAUUGUAGACAUCAAUGCCAUUUAGUUUUUUGUGUUCAUGUGGACAAGGGUGGAAAACAUUCAGAUGGAUGGAAAAUUACUGGUCGCAGAUGGAAUGCAAGUGUGUGAACCUGAUUUGCAUUGAAAAUACAACAUUUUGUAGUUCUUUAUCAAAUUCAUAUAUUUUUUCCAGAUUGCAAACAAUAGAUGCGUUUCCUAUUGGGUUUCUAGUGAACAUUAAGUAGUACUUGUGAACAAUUAAGAGGGCCUGAAGGAAAAGAAACGCAAUGCUGUUUAUGGUUUUGUCUCCCUUUUUAAGCGGAUAAUUUGCCGUUGUGUCAUUAGACGCCUCUGUCAUCUGUUUUUGAAUACCGGGGUCAUCCCUCGGGCCGUAUCCUUCUGCACAUAACAAAACACUCCCAAAAGAAUGUUCACUAUGUUUCAUGUAUAAUAGAGUACGUUCUUGCAAUUAUUACUGUGUACGUUCGUCAAUAAAACACCCUGAAACAAUGUA